AUGUCAUCUGUUGACAUUCGAAUUAAUCAAUUAAGCACAGCAACAACAACAGUUGUUCUUGUUUUGUUAUGUUUUGCAUUCGUAUUUGGUUUAGUUGGUCUUAUUCUUAAUAUAAUUGUCUUCACUCGACCAAAUUUACGAAAUGAACCAUGUUCAUUUUAUUUCUUAUCGUCAACAUAUUUUAAUUUAUUUUUCGUUACAAUUAUCAUACCAGUACGUAUCCUUUCAAAUAGUUUCAACAUAGACUUAGCCUAUUAUUAUAUCGGCAUAUGUAAAAUCGAAUAUUUUGCAUUUUAUUCAGUACGUACCAUAUCUUGCUGGUUAAUUGCGAUCGCUUGUAUUGAUCGAUAUUUUCACAGUUCAAAAAGUGUUCAUAUUCGACAAAUAAGUUCAUUAAAAACAGCCAAACGAACAACUUUCGUUAUUAUUCUGUUCAUUCCUAUUUGCUAUAGUCAUAUGAUUGUUUAUAUGAAUAUCAAAUAUACACCAAAUCAAUCAGGAAAUCUUGCACCGAGUUGUAAUUCAGACAAUGAAAUCCAUCGUUUAUUUCUCGUGAUUUGGUAUAUGACUUUGUAUUCAUUUUGUCCAUCGUUUCUUAUGACUUUCUUCGGUUUACUUACUUUACGUAAUAUUCGAGAGCAUUGUCAAACAAUAACAAGAAUAACUAAAAAUAAUCCAAUCAAUCGACGCACAGAUAGACAAGUGUUACAUAUGUUAACUGCUCAAGUAUUUGUUAUUAUUAUCGCGACAUUACCACAAUCAAUUAAUCAGCUUUACAUCACGUUUACUGCAAAUCUAGUUAAAGAUAGAUUACGACUUGCUGAAGAAAAUUUAUCCAGUAAAACGCUCGGUGGAUUGACGUUUUUUACUCAUUCAAGUACCUUCUAUUUAUUUACCAUAUCUGGUACAAUUUUUCGUAAAGAGCUAUGCAAAUUCUUUAGACAAUAUUUUUGUUUUCAACGAAAUCGUAUUCAUGUAGUUGGUGAUAAAUCGCGUCAUAUUCCAGUUUCACUCAGAAAUCUAUAA